AUGCAGCUCCUCACAACCCUCUUGCUUGCCGCAACGGCAGUUCAGGCCCACUACACGUUCCCACGACUUGUCGUCAAUGGCAAGUCCGAGGAGGCGGACUGGUCUGCCACGCGCAAGACCAAGAAUGCCGAUAGCAAGACUGGUGUCUUGAGCGCAACGAGCCCGGAUAUCCGCUGCUACUCCUCGCAGAAUGCGGCCAACAUCAUGACUGUAUCUGCCGGCUCGACCAUCCACUACAUUUCGACGCAGCAAGUGAACCACCCUGGUCCUACGCAGUAUUACCUAGCCAAAGUUCCUCAGGGCAAGAGUGCCUCGAACUGGGAUGGUUCUGGCAGCGUCUGGUUCAAGAUUCACACCACGACGCCGACCAUGGACAAGAACAAGCAGCUCACCUGGCCUGCGCAAAAUGAGUACGUGUUGACCAAUGCAACUAUACCUACUGCUACACCCGACGGAGAAUAUCUGCUUCGCGUGGAGCAAAUUGCGUUGCACCAGGCCAUGCAGGCGAACGGCGCCCAGUUCUAUCUCGCAUGCACUCAGAUCAAGAUCACUGGAGGUGGAAACGGGACGCCUGGCCCUCUUGUUGCUCUGCCAGGAGCCUACAAGACCAAUGACCCUGGCAUCCUAGUCAACUUGGGCACUAUCCAGCCAGACUCUUAUAUCCCCCCGGGCCCUGCUGUAUGGAGUGGUUAA